CAAGAUACCACCAUGUUCGUCAAGUCCAUCCUCGCUACUCUGGGCCUCGUUGCUCUUGUCAUGGCCGGCGACGGCGAUACCAAGAUCUGCAAGAGUGAUCAGCAGAUCGUCUGCAAGGACAACGGCGAUGGCGGCGUCUUGACCCUCGGCAACGUCCUGGACGGUGCUCUCGGUGUUAGCUGCUCCGGCGGCGACGUCUACUGCUGUGAGAACAAGGACAUUGAGGAUCUCGGCCUCAUCAACCUCGAUGUGAACGCUCAGUGCUCUUUGAACCACGUGCUUUAGAGUGUCUUGAGUCCCAUAGCCGCUUCGAAUAUAAUUGACGACAACCCGGUCAGCCCACCAGGGAAAGCGAAGACCCAAUCUGAGUCCGCUUGGUGUGUUCGAAGAGCUAGCGAAUUUUAUACUCUCGCCACCUCCAGCACGCUGUGAUUGAUAUUUGGACAGAAGCCAAUUAUUGUUGGUAAAAUUUAAU